GGUGCCACGCUUAAGCAUUUCUUGAACCAACCAUAUUGGCAGCACCAGGUCAAGCUCAAGCUCAAGCUCAAACACUCUGUCAUAGACCUCAGAGAGAGAGAGAGAGAGAGAGAGAGGGAGAUCUCAGUAGAAAGAUAUGGGGUUGGGCAUGCUAGCUUCAAGGGUCAUGAGACCCACCGCCUCGAAGCUCCCUCGGAAUCUCCUCUCCCACUUCCAAAUCCGACCCAUAGUCUCCACCCCGGAGUCCUCGGCGGCCCAGGCCCAGCCUGAGCCCGAGCCGACCCCGCCGCCAAGGACCCCGGUGGCCGGGGCCCGAGUCCACUUCCCGAAACCGGACGACGCGAUCGAAGUCUUCGUGGACGGGUACCCGGUGAAGAUUCCCAAGGGCAUGACGGUGCUCCAGGCCUGCGAGGUGGCCGGCGUGGACAUCCCUCGCUUCUGCUACCACAGCCGCCUCUCCAUCGCCGGCAACUGCCGCAUGUGCCUCGUCGAGGUCGAGAAGUCCCCCAAACCCGUCGCCUCCUGCGCCAUGCCCGCUCUUCCCGGGAUGAAAAUUAAGACCAAUACACCUUUGGCAAAGAAGGCUCGAGAAGGAGUGAUGGAAUUUUUGCUGAUGAACCAUCCGUUGGAUUGUCCAAUCUGUGAUCAGGGUGGAGAAUGUGAUCUCCAGGAUCAGUCUAUGGCAUUUGGAUCUGAUCGCGGUCGGUUCACUGAAAUGAAGAGAUCUGUGGUGGAUAAGAAUCUUGGUCCUCUAGUGAAGACUGUGAUGACUCGGUGCAUUCAAUGUACAAGGUGUGUCAGGUUUGCAACAGAGGUUGCUGGGGUUCAGGAUCUAGGCAUGUUGGGUCGUGGCAGUGGAGAGGAAAUUGGGACCUAUGUUGAAAAACUUAUGACCAGUGAACUUUCUGGAAAUGUGAUAGAUAUCUGUCCUGUGGGAGCUCUUACUUCAAAACCUUUUGCAUUUAAAGCCCGAAAUUGGGAGUUGAAGGGAACAGAGAGCAUUGAUGUUACUGAUGCGGUUGGAUCUAACAUCCGAAUUGAUAGCAGAGGUCCAGAGGUCAUGCGCAUCCUUCCACGGUUAAAUGAGGACAUAAAUGAAGAAUGGAUAUCAGACAAGACUCGUUUCUUCUAUGAUGGUUUGAAGAGGCAGAGGCUAAAUGACCCUAUGAUCCGUGCUGCUGAUGGGCGUUUUAAGGCUGUUAGCUGGCGUGAUGCUCUUGCUGUGGUUGCCGAGGUAGCACAUCAAGCUAAACCAGAGGAAAUUGUUGGGAUUGCUGGUCAGCUGUCUGAUGCAGAAUCCAUGAUGGCACUGAAAGAUUUCUUAAAUAAAAUGGGGUCAAAUAAUGUGUGGUGCGAAGGAAAUGGUGUGAACACUGAUGCUGAUCUGCGAUCAGGAUAUCUAAUGAAUAGUGGCAUUGCUGGUCUUGAGAAAGCAGAUGUCUUCCUCUUGGUUGGUACCCAGCCAAGGGUGGAAGCUGCCAUGGUAAAUGCCCGAAUCCAAAAGACAGUCCGUGCAACCCGAGCUAAGGUCGGUUACAUUGGCCCUGCAGCUGAUUUCAACUAUGAUCACCAGCAUCUUGGCACAGGCCCUCAAACACUCAUUGAAAUUGCUGAAGGUCGUCACCCCUUUUGCUCAGCUCUUUUGAAUGCCAAAAAUCCUGCCAUCAUUGUUGGUGCAGGACUUUUUGAGAGGAAGGACAAGGAUGCAAUUUUUUCUGCUGUUGAAACAAUUUCAAAAUUUGCUAAAGUCAUCCGACCUGAUUGGAAUGGUUUCAACGUAUUGCUUCUUAAUGCUGCCCAAGCUGCAGCACUUGACCUUGGACUUGUGCCUGAAUCUGGAAAAAGCAUAGAAUCCGCCAAAUUUGUGUAUCUGAUGGGCGCUGAUGAUGUGAACAUGGAAAAGGUUCCAGCUGAUGCCUUUGUGGUAUAUCAAGGGCAUCAUGGGGACCGCGGUGUGUAUCGUGCCAAUGUCAUUCUCCCUGCAGCAGCAUUCAGUGAGAAGGAAGGGACAUAUGAAAAUACGGAAGGGUUCAUUCAACAAACGUUGCCUGCAGUUCCAACAGUUGGUGAUGCCAGGGAUGAUUGGAAGAUUAUUCGAGCUCUGUCUGAGGUGGCAGGGUUGAGGUUGCCCUAUGAUUCACUUGGGGCGAUUCGCUCCCGGAUUAGGACAGUAGCACCAAACCUCGUGCACAUGGAUGAGAGAGAGCCAGCAACCUUUUCAGCCUCACUGAAGCCCGACUUCAGUCACAAGAUGAGCUUGACUGCGUUCGGGUCUGCCAUUGAAAAUUUCUAUAUGACUGACUCCAUUACCAGGGCAUCAAAGAUUAUGGCUCAAUGCAGUGCGUUGCUGUUGAAGAAGUGAGCAGUAGAUUCUUACUAUUCUAAUUAAUAAAGAUGCGGAUUCACUUUUUUUUUCUUCCCCUUCUGUUAUCAUCAUCGCCUGGGCCGUGUGAGGCCCUAUUUGGCCCAAGCUUGUGGAACAUUGGAAGUACUUCCAAUAAAAGUUUUUGGCGCUGUUUAUUUCACUGUAAUAUGUUACUUCAAUGUAAAAACAUUUUUCCUGUAAAACUGUUUGGGUGUAAAAUUUGGGAUUCUCCAAUGCUUAUUCUGUUGCAUUGGCUAAACUCCUUAAAAUGUGCGUAUUGCAUAAGUUUCCUUCA